UUGGGGAAGCGAACACCAAUUGAGCUUUGAUAUAGAUAUGAGUAACAUCUUAACCAUAACUGUGCUGGCACUGGCACUGGGCAUUGUCUGUGCCACAGAUUACUGCAAGAAAAGCUGCGGUAACAGCCAGAACAUUGGCUGUAAUAACAAUGGGGCCUGGGCUUCGAGCUGUCCCAGCGACAGAGCCUUGUUAAGUCUUUCGACGGCCGAAAAGAAUGCGAUUGUGGCCAGACACAAUCAACAUCGCAACUUUAUUGCCGGAGGCGGAGAUAAAAAACUGAAGGCCGCCUGUCGCAUGGCCACCAUCAAGUGGAAUGAUGAACUGGCUUAUCUUGCCUCCCUCAACGUUAAGAGCUGUCAGAUGCGUCACGAUGCUUGCCGCAACACGGACGCUUUCAGCUGGGCUGGCCAGAAUUUGGCUUGGAUCGGCUACUUCAACCCGCUCAAUACAACAGGAAAUGCUCUAAAGGGUGUGGACAUGUGGUACAAUGAGGUAGCCAAUACCAAGCAGGAACACAUCGAUGCAUAUCCCGAAAACUACAAUGGACCCGACAUUGGUCACUUCACCGUAAUGGUCGCCGAUCGCAACACUGAUGUAGGAUGCGCCGUGUCCACCUACUCGGUUCAGGGCCAGACAUACAAGGCCUUCCUCAUGGCCUGCAAUUAUGCAGCCACCAAUGUCAUUGGCGUCAAGAUGUACAACUCCUGCUCCGUUCCGGCAAGCAAAUGCACCACUGGCAUCAAUCCCAGCUACAAAUUUUUGUGCAGCAACAAGGAGGUUUACGAUGUCAAUAACUUAAACUACUGAUGAAUCAACAGCCUAUUUUUUGUUUUUUCUAAGUUAUUGCAUGUUUAUUAAAUAAAAGGAAUCUAUGUAUAUUAAA